UCUCCGUCCAUUCCAAAUUCAGUAACAUUUAACUGAUAUCUACUCACUCUAACUCGUGUCUGUUAGCUCGUCUAUAAUCUUUGGUAUAAUCAUUGACUAUCAGUGUCUACUAGUCAGUGUUGAGUUAAUUCUACUUAUUCAUAACUCGUUUAUUAUUCUUCAAUAAUUAUUCAUUACUCGUUGUUCGCUCACUUACUCACUGAUCUCGUCACUGAAAUAUCAGACACUCACUCGAACCACUUUAACCUGACAGUUUAAUCAAAACUAUUUUAUAAUAUUCAGACAAACAAACACACACACAUCAUAAUAUCAACAACUGUACUGUAAUGUCAUCUACACAAGACAUUGCUAUUCCUCGAAAGUCACCCCUUUCCCUUCAAGCUUGUAAAAAAUGUAAUCAAUUGAUAUAUGAAGGUCAUGCUUAUGAAUUAGGUGAUGAUAGGUGGCAUAUUGAUUGUUUUAAAUGUUCAAAAUGUUCAAGUUCUUUAGGUUGUAAUUCCAAUUUUCUUGUAUUGGGGAAUGGAAAUUUAAUUUGUUCAAAUUGUUCAUAUAAUUGUAAACAAUGUGGGAAAAAGAUUGAUGAUUUAGCUAUAUUAACUGGUGAUCAAGCUUAUUGUUCAAAUUGUUUUAAAUGUCGAUCAUGUAAACAAAAUAUUGAAGAUUUAAGAUAUGCUCGAACGUCAAAAGGUCUCUUUUGUAUGGAUUGUCAUGAGAAAUUAAUGUUAAAGAAGAAGAGAUAUGAUGCGAAGAAGAAAUUAAAACAACUUCAGGAACAACAAGAACAACAACAAACUCCUCCUCCUCCUGAACCUCCAGUACCUGCAGUCAUACCUGAACCUGAACCUACUCCGGCAAAGACAUCAUUAGACUAUAAAAGAUCGAAUUCUUCAAGUACUUCUCUUUUACAAUCUUAUCUUAAUUCAUCAUCAAAUACGGAAUCUGAACCAUUAUUAACAGCCGAAUUCAAUCAUUCAUCUUCUAGUUUACAUAGAAAUAAAACUUUACCUGCACCUCCUCCAGUACCACUGGUGGUAUCUGCUGAUAAUAAUGAUUUUUCUAUUGAAGAAGUUCAAAAUGAUAGUGAUGAUAAUGAUGAUUCUGCUCCAUCAACUGAAUCCAGACCUUCUUUAAGAAGUAAGCAAGAAGCUCCUAUUUCAUCAUUACGUCGACCUCAACCACCUCCUUCUACCACCACCACCAAUAAUAACAAUAACUUCAUUGAUGAAGGCAUUUACUUAGAUUUAGUCGAUACUCCAGCUACUCCUAAGGGCAGCACAUUACAACCUCCAGUUGAUGUAACCCCUACCAAAUCAACUGAACCACUGCACUUGGAAGUACCCAAUAAAAAUGUAUUAAUACUAUCACCAAAUCAAUUUAAUGAUCAUGAAUUUCAUAAUACUAAUACUAAUACAAUUCUUAAAUCUCCAGUAAAUUCUUCAACUUCAUCUCAACUUACAGUUAAUACUACUGAAUCUUCAACUAAUACAGUUAAAAGUCAUACAUUAUCUAUUGAAGAACCUAAAUCUAGAUCAAAUUGUCCUUCACCAUUUGCUAAGGCCAAUAGACAAGCUAGAGUAGUAGAAACUAAUGAUGAAGUAGCCACUGAACCUAUUGAAGAAGAAAAGAAUGAAUCAGAUGGUGCAUCAACCCUUACUCAAACUCCUAGAAAAAUAGCUGUCUCCCCUCAUUCUUCAAUUAUGAGUUCCCCCCCUCCUAAAUUACCUUUACCAUCGACUCCAGUAAAGAAAUUAACUUAUCCUAAUAAUGAAUCUGGGAAACGGUUUAAGUUUGAUGAUAUUCAAACCACUCCUAAGGGCUUAGGAUUAGAAGGGGUAGAUUAUGAACUGGUUGCGGCUGAACAGCGUGCUUAUCUCAAGCAUAUGCAAGAUAAGAAAGCCAGUCUGCCAGUCAUUGAACAAAGAACUCAAAGCAACAAUAACAAUAAUAAUAAUGGGUUUGGUAUCAAUACACCGCUUGUAUCUAACUUGGAAGAAUCCGAUCAUACCGAAACUCAAAGCCAAACAUCUAUAUCAAGAAUGGGAAGUAUUAAAACUCCUAGAUUAGCUAGUUUAAAACAUAAACGAUCUACCUCAGGAGGUAGUACCAGUAGUAAAUUUGGAAUCUUUAAAGUAUCAUCUAAAGAAGAAUUAAGAGGUCAUACACGUCAUGUUUCAGAUGGUUCAGUAUCAAAUGCUUCAGCAUUUACAACUCCUCCUUUACCUUCACCUCGAACUUCUGCUUAUAAUGGUUAUACAUCAAAUAAUCCAAAUUUUCAUAUAAGAUCAACUUCUGAUACUCCAUUCUUAACUAGUUUAGAACUUAAUCAUGAAACAACUAAUUCAAAUGGUACAGCCACCAUAACAAGCGAAUUUGCUCAUUAUGAUAAUUUUGAAGUUAAGAGUCUAAAGUUUGAAAUUGGACAAUUAUCUACUCAAAAGACUAAUUUAGAAACUGAAGUUAAAAAGUUAAUUAGUGAUAAAUUAAAGAUAAAUGAUCAAUUAAAACUGAUUCAAUCUAAAGUAGCUACUGAAACUUUAACAUAUGAUGCUUUACUUAAACAAGUUACAGAAUUAGAAAAGAAGAAAUUAUUAUUAAUUGAAGCUAAUGAUAAAUUAAGUAUGAGUUAUCAAACUCAAACUCAUGAAAGGAAACCUCGACACUCUCAUACUGAUGAAGAUCUUAAUUCAACUGCUAGUACAUUAAAUAAUUCUUAUAAUGAAACAGUUAUUGAAGAUGUUGAAACUCAAAAGGCUACUAGAUUGAAAUUUUGGAGAAGACCAAAGAUUGGAUUACCUACUAAUAGUCCACAUUUAGUAUUAACUGGUCCAACUACUCAACCUAUUUCAAUAUCUCCUCCACAACCCACAUCUUUACCACAAAAUUCUCAAAAUAAACUAAGUCAAAAUUAUGUUUCUCAAUCAAUAAGAGUUCCAAGUCAUAGUGAAGAUAAUUCAGAUAAGAAGAAAUUUCCUAAAUCAAGAUCAACUAAUAUUUUGGAUUCAUUUUUAUCAUCUAAUGGUACUGGACUUCAUACUAAUAGUAGUAAUGAUAGUUCAUCUUCUGGUAGUACACAUAAUGCAAUGGGAUCUACAACAUCAAUUGUUGUGGGAUGUCCAUUAUUUACUUCAACUAUUCAAAAGCGAGCUGAUUAUGAACAAGUUCAAGUUCCAUUAAUUGUAACUAAAUGUCUUGCAGAAGUUGAAGUUCGAGGAUUAGAUGUUGAAGGUAUUUAUAGGAUUUCAGGGGCUAGUUCAACUAUUUCAAAUAUUGAAAACGCCUUUGCUAAUUUAACAGCUCAUUCAAUUCAAGAUGAAAAACAAAUUCAACGUUUAGAAGAAACUAUGAAUGGAGAUAUUCAUGCUGUAACAUCAGCUAUUAAAAGAUAUUUCCGAAAAUUACCUGAUCCUUUAAUUCCAUAUGCUUUAUAUGAUGAUUUCAUUAAAGUUGCGUCUCAAAUUCCAAUAGCUCAUACUGAUAAAAGAAUUCAUGAAUUAAAAAUUAGAGUUAUUAAUCGUUUACCUAGUGCUAACAAACAUACAUUAUAUUUGUUAUGUAAACAUUUAAAUUUAGUCAGUUCAUAUUCAUCAGUAAAUCGUAUGGGAUUUAAGAAUUUAUCAGUAGUGUUUGCUCCUACCAUUGCUCGUGAUCAAACUGGUGAACGUGAAAUGUUAGAUAUGGGUCAUCGUAGUGAAACUACCGAAGUAUUAUUGAGUAAUUCCGAUAAGGUAUUUGAAGAUUAUUUUACCUAAGUGUAUAUUAAUAUAUAAAUAAUGCAAAGUAUAU